GAAGCAGAAAAUCCAAACAUUCAGGAAAGCAGCAUCAGCUGUAGUGACUGGCUCAUGACGACGCGUUCACACAGGUGCAUGCCGAUCGGCACGUUUAUCUCUGUAGUGUCAAAGCCCGUUCUUUACGGAUGCACUCCUAAUCGAUUACGUCAGUUGAUGCUGAUUCACAGGAAAGCAAAUAUCUGGUUAAAUAUUUGAAAUAUGGAGUCAUCAUUUUUCCUUUGCACCAUUCAGACAUCUGGAGUGUCACCUGGACACCUGCACCUCGGCGUGUUGACACACAAAACCUGCCCUGGCCCACAUUGCUUGAUUAACACACAGUUUGUUGAGGGAGAUGUACAGAGGUGGGAUUUACUAUAAACUUGUAGACUAAGGCUCUGUUUACACGAGUGCGUUUUUAUUUUUAAAAUGAAAACGAUCCUCGUCCACACUGGCGUUUCCGCCGUGUUUCAGAAACGAUCUCCGUCCACACUACACGACCGAAACCGCAUGUCGCAUGACCAUUCAUGCACACUGGGCAUGCGCUUACAAGUGUAAACAGGAAGUUGGUUGCUAGUCCAAAACCGGGGGUCCAUGUAGGGCUUACACAGCUCGAAAUGAGAUUUGUUGCUAGUUUCUCUAAUCAUAGCUCGCCUCUUGCGCAUGUUAGCUGCUGCAGUAUUAUAAAAUACAGAAUUUAACUGGACAGUGGUUGCUAAGAAUGACAACAAAGCCAGCAAAGCUCGCGGUUCAGUUUCCGUGUUGUUGUGUAUACGAUCAAGGUAGUGUAAUGGUCAUAUGGUAGGGGCGUGACGAAUCGGAAGGAUACGCAGUCAUCCAGAAGACCUAAUCAGGGGGCGAAUGUGGGAAGCCACGUCUUCGGCGUUUUCGAGGGUUGAAAACGCCGGAGUAGUGUAGACGACAGACGUAACCGUAGCGAAAGUUAUGCGUUUUUUAAAAAAACGAAAAGGCACUGUGUAAACAGGGUGUAAGAUCUGCUCCUCUAAAGCGUCACUGCUUUGUUGCUUGUUGUCUCUUGUGCAGGGAUGCCAUUUUGCUCUUAUCUAUCCAACUGCUAUCCCAGCUGUCUCACUCAGAUAUUUAUAACUGCCUGAUUCUAGUGACUCGGCCUCUGCUGUAUGGAGUGGGGGAACAUCAGCACUCACUUGGCCGUCCGUACACUAGUCUAAUGCACUGGUGCGGCUUAGUACUCGGGAGUUUGGAAUUUGCACUGCUUAAUGAGAUUUACACCUGGCCUCUGUAAAUUCCUUCACAACGACUGUGCACGCACGCAGAGUUAGUGUAUUGAAAAUCGAAAGCAGUAGGUUAUAUAUCCUAGUCAUAUAUUGCCCUGGGGGGGUUUGGGAACUGCCCACCGAACGUUUUCCACACGUCACAAAAGCGGUUACUGUUUUUGGAUUGUGUUUCAUCAUAUUUCGUAUUCAUACUAGCUAAUAAUGUCUGCGUGUGCUGCAGUCCUGUUCUAACGCGUCGAUCUGCAUACACAAGUGUGUGGCGUGAAAGUCACCAAGCUGUCAAGCAAGUGAUGAAGGUGAGCUCUGAUAAGGACGGUUCCUCUCCGUUGUGCAUGAAGGCUCUGGCCAACAGGGGGCGCCUGGAUACGGUAUCACAGCAAAUGGCCUCCCAUCCGCAGUAUUUAGAGAGCUUCCUGCGCACACAGCACUACAUCCUUAACAUGGACGGCCCUCUGCCCCAUCACUACCGCCACUACAUAGCCAUCAUGGCUGCAGCACGACAUCACUGCAGCUACCUUGUGUCUCUGCAUUCGGCUGUGUUCCUGCGGGUGGGGGGAGACCCGGUGUGGCUGCAAGGGCUGGAGUCUGCACCACCUCGCCUCCAGCAGCUCGACCACAUAAACAAAGUGCUCGCUCACCAGCCCUGGCUCACUGCUCGCUCCCACAUUCAGGCUUUGCUGAAGUCAGGUGAGCAGUGCUGGUCUCUGGCUGAGCUGGUGCAGGCCGUAGUUCUGCUGGCUCACUGCCACGCGCUCUGCAGCUUCGUUUUUGGCUCCGAACAGGACACACAACCCGUCCCGAGAGCGCCACACGGAACGCCCCCAGGCUACUGCCUCUGUGAUGCUGCCAAUGGCAACGCCACCUUCCCACCUCGUAGGAGGUCUCUAGACUCGAGCUGUGACAUGGCAUGCCUACGAGAAGGAAUCCACAAAUCCCAGGAGGAGAAAGAAAGAAAAGGACACGCAGUCCUUCAGUCUUACACCCUCCUGCAUAUAGACAUGGACGAGGAGGAAGAAGAAGAGACGAUGUGUUCCACGGAUCCCUCCCGCUUUGUCAAGGACCCUGAUUUCGGCUACCAGGAAUUUUCCCGGCAGGAGGAAGACCAUUUCCAAGUAUUGCGGGUGCAGGACUACUCGUGGGAGGACCAUGGUUUCUCUUUGGUAAACCGCCUCUACUCGGACAUCGGGCACCUGCUAGACGAGCGGUUCCGCAGCGUGGCCUCGUUACCGUCCCCUCGCAAUCCUGACCUUAAGAGAGCCAUCUGGAACUACAUCCAUUGCAGCUAUGGAAUUAGGUAUGAUGAUUAUGAUUAUGGAGAAGUGAACCAGCUGCUGGAUCGCGGACUGAAGCUUUAUAUUAAGGCUGUGGCCUGCUAUCCUGACUCCACUAAGAACCUUCUGUGCCCUCUGCCUUUGGUUUCUCUCAAAGCCUCAGAAAAGGUACAUGUGAACCUGCUGGUGAUGGAGGCACGGCUGCAGGCUGAGUUGCUCUACGCACUCCGAGCAAUCACUCAGUACAUGAUCGCCUAGGACUGCAAGGCACAUGCAGAGAGAAAGAAAGAGGGAGAGAGAGCGGGAGAGAGAAAGAGUUGUCACUUAUGGUACAAAAAAAAAAACAAAACAAAACCCUGACUCGGGGCAAUGGUGAAAGGAAAAAGACUGAGAGGACUUGUGACUAGCAAUAUAUCUUCUUUUUCCAUAUCUUUUUUUUUGUUUGUUUGUUUGUUUUUGUUUUAACAAAACAAAAUGUUACUAAAGUGUGACUUAAGGUACUGCUGUGAAGGGUCUUCAAGGUGACACCUGAAGACAAACAAUCUUUCUUUCUCUGUCUCGCCCUUUUUUGCAUGUUGUUCACUUCAUUACUUUCUAUGACCUCAGCUGUGUACUUUUGUUUGUUUGUGUGUUUUGUGUGUGUUUUCUACUCUUCGGUUUGAAUAUCGUUCUUUCUAGAUUGUUCAUGUGCAAUUAUCUUUAUUCUGUUCUUUGUAUUGUUGACGUGCUUUGUUUUCAUUUGUUUAGUUGAUUGGCCUGUUGCUUCCCUGUUGACUGACAGUCGGGAAAAGAGAAGAGAGCGUGUCAAUUUCUAUUCUAGAGUAUUGAACUGUGCAAAAAAAAAAAAAAAGAAAAAAGAUGACUCGACCUGUCCCGUAAUCGAAGGCGGUGUUUACUGAAGCUGAGACGAACAGACGAACGUUGACGAAGCUCAACGUGUUUUUCCUGAAUCUUUCAUUUGAAUUUAAGCUCUGAACAAGACGACAGACAAUAUAGGAAAACGUUACGUGGCUGUAACUUUUGUUUUAACGGCACUUUUAAGAUUAGAUAAAAACGUAUUUAGGCUCAAAUGUCUACAGCAUCUGAGCAGCUUUCUAAAAAUAAGUUGUGCUUCAGUUGACUCGGUUUAAAGUGCCAGUUGUGCUGCUGGUUUAUCCAGUGUCAGUGUGAAUAGUAUGGAUAACACACACAGCACAUUUGUGAUCGAGGAGAAUCUAUCAGCACUUUCAAAACCAAUUGGUGCUUUUUUUUUUUUUUUUUUUUUUUUUUUUUUAAAUAAAUAGGAAUUUUACUGCAUAAGUUAGCUUAUGAUGUAGCUUACACUCCACCCAAAUUCCCACGUUUAGAAAAAAGCUUAAAUUGAAUUCAUGAUUCUUAAUGUAGGUCAGUUCUAGUCAAAUGAAGGAUUUUUUUUUUUUUUUUUUUUUUUUUUUUUUUUUUUUUUUUUUCUUUCCCUGAUUUAUCUACAAAACCUUUCAGUGAUACUUUGCCAUCUGGAUACUUUAUAAUGUAAAGAAGGUCAAAGGUCAGGCCUGCUGUGAUGCUUCCUGUAACUGACCUGCACAACUUGUUUCCUUGCACUGGACUAUUUUGCACAGAACUGCAUAAGUGACCUGCAUUGCCUCUGAGCAGCUGUAAUAGUUAUUGGAACAAAUGACCCGGUGAGGCCUCUGUUCACUGGUACCACGCUGAUGCCAUACUUACUGCAAAUGUUCUGGUUGUGGAAAAGGCCAAGCGUUACUUGCUAGAUAAAGCCAUGAUAGUAUUGAAGUGGUGCAGAAGUGUUGCUCAUGUAGGACACGGGAGCAAAGAAACAUGGGCGCCAAUGUUAUUAUAAUUUUUUUUUUUUUAACUUAUUUUUAAACAUAUUGCAUUACCCUGUCACUACGGCUGUGUUCAGACUGGGUGUUGUAUUCCCUGUCCAGCCACCCCCCCCCCCCCCCCCCCCCCUCAAAUGUGAUUGGUCUUCUACAUUUUGACAGGAUAUUGAUUGAUUGGAACUGAAGGGUUUCUGCAUUGCAUCCUCGUACGUGUGAGAAGAAAUAAUCUUAAUGAACUUGAGCACCUGUUUAAACAUAGCCAGUGAUUGAGUUAUUGUUGUCGAUUUAGUUUUUGUUUUGGAAGGGAAGAGAAAGUGGAGCAAGAUGGCCGACUUCAGUGCUGAAUCUCAUCGGCCUUUUAUCAAGUACAGCACUGUGGGACUAUCGGAGGGAUGACCAGUCGCAUAUCGGAGAAAAAGAAUUUUUCAUCUAAUGCUGAACUUAUGGACUGACUUGUUGGAUUUAAGAACUGUGUAGUGGAGAGUCCUCCACUGAUGAUGGAGAUUUAUUAAGUGCAGUGCCUUUUACUGAUUUAAAGCUAAGGCAACCGUGGACUGCUGUUGAUGCUGGAGGCUCGUUUAAAGAGUGCUGGAUUCAGCCCUGUUUGGUAGCACGGGCCAAGCUGUUGUCGUCUUCAUGCUGCUUCUUCCUGCUCCUUCCCAAGCAGUCAAACAGAAUGGGGACAGUGGUUUGCUUCUCACUACUGGCCAAGCUCCAGCACUGUCGAGUUGUUCCACAUUUUUAUGGCGCUAAUGUGCUGUCAUUUGCCUGCCAUCAGCAUGUCCGUAUUGGUUUCUUCCUCACUGCCUUCUUCUGUGACAUCAAAACAUGGCAGUGGACUAAUCCCCCAUUUGGCUUUCCUUCUGAUCCAUGGUGGAGUCUGAAAGACUGAACAGGUGUGGCUUUAGCCAAGUUGUUUAAUAUUUACCACGUAAAUGUAGAGAUGUUUAAAAUAAAAGUAAAAAAAUUUAAAAAACACGCAAAAAAAUGUCAAAACUAGGAAAAUUUAAGCAAAAAAACUUUUCGUUGCCCUGAAAUAAGAACUUAUUUUUUCUAUAAAGAAAUGCUAUACCACUUGUGUCUGGGUUUUUUUUUUGUUUUGUUUGUUUGUUUGUUUGUUUGUUUUUCCUGAUUUCUAAUGCACAUAUUUCAUCUGGAUGUUUCUGGCUUAAGUUGAGUGUUAUUUCUGUGCAAGCUCCUGCAGAGUCAAACCUGUUCUGCACUACUGUGGCAAUUGUGCCAUCUAGUGCCAGCUGUUUUUUUUGCUCUCCCAUUCCCUGAAAUGGAAACAGACCAUGAAUAAAUAGAAGCCUUUUAGAAUUGGAGGAUAUUGAGGCAAAGUUGA